AUGCCAGUCGCUGCUAGGCUUGGCUGCUCCUUCUGCUGUGCGCUACAGCUACUGAGCAGCGGAUGCCAACGAUGGGGAUGUGAAGCCGGUCCGGGACUCACGGAGCUCACGGGACUCGGCUCAGGUUACAAGUUUGCAACGCCGCCAAGUCCAAACUUGGAAAAGUUGUUGGGGACACCCGGGGAUGUCUGGGACCAACACUUCAUUGGUAUCAUGUGCUCGCCAAAGUUCGAGGGCAAGACCCACAAGGAGAUGCGACAAAUGGUCGAAGACCUCUGCGCCGAGGUUGGACUGCCAGGGAGAGUACAUAUGAUUUGUCAGCCGCCUUCCCGCUGGCAUAUGAUGAAGGCACGAACGAAAAGACGCUGGGACUUCGACCGGUGA